AAGAAGUCUCAGUUCUCUGCUAUCAUCAUAAUUAGCAGCAUGGGUAUCUGCAGGCUGCCGUUUCUCCUCGUCCUGCUGGGUGGAUUACUACAUCUGAGUGCCGCCCAAACCAGGGCCUGUGCCAGGACUUGCAAUGUGUUUUCUCGAUGCUCGCCCUACUACAAAGAGCUGGUGUGGGCGGUUGUGGAUGGCGUUUGCCGCGUCUACCAGAACGGUUGUAUCUUUGGAAACGAAAACUGCACGAGGGCCAAUCAAUGCCUCACACGAAUGAAUGCCACCUCACCGGAUAAGUGUAAGGAGUAUUGUCCCAGGCGUUGUCCGAGUGAUGGUCAAGAAGUUUGCGGCUGGUUCCCGUACAUCAAUAACAUGGGGGUAAACUGUGAUCGUUACAUUAGCUUCCCCAAUCGCUGUCUGCUGGAUCAAUAUUCCUGCCAGAAUGAUAUCGCCUAUGCAUAUGAUCCAACCCUUGGACCCUGUCCCUAAUCAAAUGUCGCUCUCAAAAGAAUAAGAAGAAGAAUAAACUUCAAUAAUAUCUUGCUAUGUAUUUUCCUAA